ACACCGGGGGAAUUUGGGGGUUAGAAAGAGAAGGAGGGGGUAUUGGUAUUACUACACGACCCAAAAAGGCUGAGCAACACAACCCCCCUCAUUUCUCAUCUUCUCUCUCGUUCUCCCUCUCUUCUCCGAUCCAGAUCUUCGAGCUCUGCUGCAAAUCUAGGCGCUGGCCGGCGCGGUCUCCACGCGGUUCCUCCCGAGGCCAGCUCAAAUUUCGGAAGGCUUCAUUGUGUUUGGUCUCCGUCUCCGUGUCCUACUCCGUCGUUGCUUCGGCACCGAGAUCCGGAGCUGAUCUCUGCUGGCGAUUUGCGGUUUUUCUUUUUUUUUUUUUUGAGUUUCGCCGAUUGGGGAUUUGUGCUUCUAGAGAGAGAGACAGUUGGAGGAGAUGGAGAGCGAGAAGAAAUCGUCGGCCGUGUCCGAUGUGGGAGCGUGGGCGAUGAACGUGGUGAGCUCCGUCGGCAUUAUUAUGGCCAACAAGCAGCUCAUGUCCUCCAGUGGCUACGGCUUCGGUUUCGCUACGACGUUGACGGGGUUCCACUUUGCCGUGACUGCUUUGGUCGGUCUGGUGUCAAAUGCUGCUGGUUAUUCUGCAUCUAAAUACGUUCCUAUGUGGGAGCUUCUCUGGUUCUCUAUUGUUGCUAAUAUGUCCAUCACGGGGAUGAACUUCAGCUUGAUGCUUAACUCUGUUGGAUUUUACCAAAUUUCAAAACUGAGCAUGAUUCCUGUUGUUUGCGUGAUGGAGUGGAUCCUUCACAGUAAACAUUACUCAAGGGAAGUGAAAAUGGCCGUGAUGGUUGUGGUAGUAGGAGUUGGUGUUUGCACUGUUACGGACGUAAAAGUCAACGCCAAAGGUUUCAUAUGUGCUUGUGUGGCUGUCCUCUCUACAUCGUUGCAGCAGAUUUCAAUAGGCUCCUUGCAAAAGAAGUACUCGAUUGGAUCUUUUGAAUUGCUGAGUAAGACAGCUCCAAUUCAAGCCGUCUCUCUCCUUGUUUUCGGUCCAUUUGUUGAUUACUUCCUCAAUGGCAAUGCGAUAAUAGACUAUAAGAUGUCUUAUGGUGCCCUGUUCUUUAUACUUCUCUCUUGCUCGCUGGCGGUAUUCUGCAACAUGAGUCAGUACCUCUGCAUAGGACGAUUCUCGGCCACGUCCUUCCAGGUUUUGGGCCACAUGAAGACGGUGUGCGUCCUCAUACUAGGAUGGGUGCUCUUCGAUUCCGCGCUGACUCUGAAGAACAUAAUGGGGAUGAUCAUAGCCGUUCUCGGCAUGGUAGUGUACAGUUGGGCCGUGGAACUAGAGAAGCAGUCGAAUGCAAAGACCGCGCUGAAUGUGAAAAACAGUCUCACGGAAGAGGAAAUUAGGCUUUUGAAGGAAGGUGUUGAGCAUCCUCCCGCGAAAGACAUUGAACUUGGUGAUUCCAAGGUAUAGGUCUGUUAUCUUCACGUGUUUGACCUAAAUUAUUUGUCGCCGCAGCAGUUUGCGGUCGUUUGCUGCCGUCUUCCAUCCCGGCGUGCGUCCUUCUUAGAAUUGCCCUCUUUGUUUUAUUUAAUUUAUCACCUUUUUGAGUUAUUUUUUCCAUUUGAUAUUUGUUGUGAAUGUUAUAGGGACUGAUGAUCGUGGAAAUAUAAUUCCAUUCUUCAAAUCAAAUUUCUAUAGUUCACAUGUA